CCAUGGACUAGCGAGAGAAGUUGAGACAGUCAGUCUGGAGUAAGUCUCAACUACGAUGGAUUCAGUACCCUAUUCUCUCGUGUUAAUAGUCCUGUUCUUUGGGACUAUGAUUCAAGAAAAUGAUGCCCUGCAGUGCUAUUGCCAGCGCUGUCUCAACUCUACGUGCACCACGGACGGUCUGUGCUUCGUGACGGUCAUGAAGUCUGGCAGCCGGCUCACCACCGAGCGCAGCAUGUGCGUGCACGAGAGCGAACUGAUCCCCCGCGACCGCCCCUUCAUCUGCGCGCCCUCCACCAAGGACGACACAGGCAUCUACCCAAUGUGCUGCGCCUCCGACUGGUGCAACAAGAACCCCAACCUCAGCGUCUUCCCAGUGCCGACGGUGAAGCCUGUUCCUCUGGGGCCUGUGGUUCUGGCGGCAGUGAUCGCGGGGCCCGUGUGCGUGCUGUGCUUCGUGCUGGUGCUGGUCUUCUACGUUUGCCACAGCCGUGUGGGUGUGCAUCAACGCGUGCCCAACGAGGAGGAUCCCUCCAUGGAUCACCCCUUCCUCACCGUGGGUUCCACUCUCAAAGACCUCAUCUACGACAUGACCACCUCUGGCUCCGGCUCUGGUCUGCCCCUACUGGUACAGAGGACCAUAGCCCGGACCAUCAUCCUCCAGGAGAGCAUCGGGAAGGGCCGCUUCGGCGAGGUGUGGCGGGGCAAGUGGCGAGGCGAGGAGGUGGCGGUCAAGAUUUUCUCCUCCCGUGAGGAACGUUCGUGGUUCCGUGAGGCCGAGAUCUACCAGACGGUCAUGCUGCGUCACGAAAACAUCCUGGGCUUCAUCGCCGCCGACAACAAAGAUAACGGGACAUGGACCCAGCUGUGGCUGGUGUCAGACUACCACGAGCACGGCUCUCUGUUUGACUAUCUGAACCGCUACACAGUCACCGUGGAGGGCAUGAUCAAGCUGUCACUGUCCACCGCCAGCGGUCUGGCCCACCUCCACAUGGAGAUCGUUGGCACGCAAGGGAAGCCGGCCAUCGCCCACAGGGAUCUGAAAUCUAAGAACAUCCUGGUGAAGAAGAACGGGACUUGCUGCAUUGCCGACCUGGGCUUGGCCGUGCGCCACGACUCCGCCACCGACACCAUCGACAUCGCCCCCAACCACAGAGUAGGGACCAAAAGGUAUAUGGCACCAGAGGUGCUAGACGACUCGAUAAACAUGAAGCAUUUUGAGUCGUUUAAGAGGGCAGAUAUCUACGCCAUGGGCUUGGUGUUCUGGGAGAUAGCCAGUCGAUGCUCUCUGGCAGGCAUCGUUGAAGACUACCAGCUGCCAUACCAUGACCUGGUGCAGUCAGACCCUUCUGUGGAGGAGAUGAGGCGGGUGGUGUGUGAUCAGAAGCUACGACCCAACAUUCCAAACAGGUGGCAGAGCUGUGAGGCUCUGCGGGUGAUGGCUAAGAUCAUGAGGGAGUGCUGGUACGCCAACGGAGCCGCCCGCCUCACAGCGCUGCGCAUCAAGAAGACCCUGUCCCAGCUCAGCCAAUCAGAGGGCAUCAAGAUGUAGACAUUUCCUUUAGUCUUAUUAUAUUAUUCUGAAUAUUAUUAUUUUCAUCGUCAUCAUUGGUUCUCUUCAGGCUGCUCCUCCUCUUGGUUUGAAAGGGGAGGCGAUGCAGCGUGGUGAAGUUUUACUCUGAUACCCCCUAACCCCUCUCUAAACGCGGUCAUCCUUAUAUUUGUCGCCGUGCCGACCGGCGUGAUUUUAUGUCUCUGAGGUGGAUGGAUCUGAUGGAGGGAUAUUGUCAGAGAGUGUGAUUUUUUUUUGGGGGGGGGGGGGAGUGGUAUGGCUGGGUGCUAAAGCUGUCCCCACUACAAACCACCACCAACCUGUGUCAGUUCAGACACCAACCCCCUGUACUCAUGAUUGGUGGGAUCUCCUCACCCAGUGCUCGUGAAGGACCUAUAACAGUGAUUACAGACAGCCGUAGUCCCGCCCUGCCACAGACCCAUCUGCAAAGCGGAGGAAAGGAUCAUCAAAACACCACCCAGAAACCCCCAGGUUUCAUGACUGCUGGUCGUAACAUUCAGGUGUCAAUGCCUCCAUUCAAACAACAAGUGUUACAUUCUGUGACUGGCUGUGGUGGCUCGGACUCAACGAGAGAAAAAGACUGAAGCAACAAACUUUAGUUUUAUUUAGGACCAUCUGGUACUUGUUAACAAUCGUUUUAUUGUAGUUAUUUGUUUGUGUUUCCAUGGAGAGGUGCUGUGGACUCGUGUCCAGAGCAUGUCGCACCGUGUGUUUCUUCCUCUUUUCUCCAUGUAUCACUGUACCGAGGGACUACAGGUCUGUUUAACUUAUUUGCUUAGAUUGUUUGCACAAAAAAAAAAAACUGGACAUGACCUCAUUCAGUCUCCAACCAACUGGACAUGACCUCAUUCAGUCUCCAACCAACUGGACAUGACCUCAUUCAGUCUCCAACCAACUGGACAUGACCUCAUUCAGUCUCCAACCAACUGGACAUGACCUCAUUCAGUCUCCAACCGACUGGACAUGACCUCAUUCAGUCUCCAACCAACUGGACAUGACCUCGUUCAGUCUCCAACCAACUGGACAUGACCUCGUUCAGUCUCCAACCAACUGGACAUGACCUCGUUCAGUCUCCAACCAACUGGACAUGACCCCGUUCAGUCUCCAACCAACUGGACAUGACCUCGUUCAGUCUCCAACCAACUGGACAUGACCUCGUUCAGUCUCCAAACAGCCGGACAUGACCUCGUUCAGUCUCCAAACAGCCGGACAUGACCUCGUUCAGUCUCCAAACAGCCGGACAUGACCUCGUUCAGUCUCCAAACAGCCGGACAUGACCUCGUUCAGUCUCCAAACAGCCGGACAUGACCUCGUUCAGUCUCCAAACAGCCGGACAUGACCUCGUUCAGUCUCCAAACAGCCGGACAUGACCUCGUUCAGUCUCCAACCAACUGGACAUGACCUCGUUCAGUCUCCAACCAACUGGACAUGACCUCAUUCAGUCUCCAACCAACUGGACAUGACCUCAUUCAGUUUCCAACCAACUGGACAUGACCUCAUUCAGUCUCCAACCAACUGGACAUGACCUCAUUCAGUCUUGGCGAACAUGCUAUGACAUAUGCAAUAUAGAUAGUGUAUCUAUUUUAUAUACUCUGUUCUGCUGCUACUACAACGUCAACUACAACAGCUCGACAGUCGCCACCAUGCCUUCCAAGCCAGGUGUUAACUGGUGCCACUGCUUUAAACCUACCCCUCCAACCCUCAUGUUGGUUUGUGUCUGUGUGAGAUUGUAUGGAGUAUUGACAGAGGCCCUCAGCUGGAGGAGCAGCAUGGAGUAAACCCUCUCAGAGAGCUGGAGGAUUAGGAUGGAGUAAAACCCUCUCAGAGUUGGAGGAGCAGCAAGGAGUAAACCCUCUCAGAGCUGGAGGAGCAGCAUGGAGUAAAACCCUCUCAGAGCUGGAGGAGCAGCAUGGAGUAAACCCUCUCAGAGCUGGAGGAGCAGCAUGGAGUAAACCCUCUCAGAGCUGGAGGAGCAGCAUGGAGUAAAACCCUCUCAGAGCUGGAGGAGCAGCAUGGAGUAAAACCCUCUCAGAGCUGGAGGAGCAGCAUGGAGUAAAACCCUCUCAGAGCUGGAGGAGCAGCAUGGAGUAAACUCUCCUAUGCAAAUGGUAGGACGUGACCUCGCCAUGCUGCCUAGGGCAGCCACAACACCAACUUGUUGGUGCCAUCUACUCGAGGGGUCACUCUCCCGUCCCGUCUUCUCUCUGUCUCUUUCUCUCUACUCUGUAUGGCAAAGCUCUGACUCACUGAAUACCAGACUGAUAGGGGUGCUAGUACUACCCACUGGACUACACGAAGUCCCCCUCCAAGGUGGCUUUAAGCAAGAAGGAAACAACUACUCAUUACUGGAGUUGUUCUAUAAUCAUGCAUUGUUGGAUUUCACUUUGUUUCCGUCUUUGUGUUGUUUCAAAGUGUGUGACGGCACACGUCUCUUCAAAGACUGAACGAGGUGAGGUACAUUCAUUUAAAUAUAGAAAAUGAAUUUUUACUAAGCCAUAGGUUUUCAAUGUUUUUUUUUUUUUUUUUUUUUUGUGGCAACUUUUUCUACUACGUAUAAGAAUGUACGUUUACGGAGGAUAAACGACAUAUUAUCACUGUGUGAACUGCUUGACAUUUCAGCUUAGCAAGCCGUAAGGGACCAAUGGAGAGAGUCAGAAUCCUGUUAUGUAAAAAGUAAGAUUUAUAAAUAAUUACUAUUAUAAAAUAGGGUCAAUGUUCUAUAUAAAGGAAUUACAAGUCAAUGUAGCAGCAGAUUUAAUAAGUAAUGUUUGUAUUUGUAAGAUAUCCUAUUGCCACACGCCUAAACCUGCAAGCUGCCUGUUUAUACCAAUUUGGAUUGUGUUCGUUUUGGUAUGUCCACAGUCUUGAUGUCAUUCGAGUUUCUUGCUCUAUUUCAGCAUGUUUUUUGGAAAUACGGUACCGCAAACCAUCACAGUAGAAAGACAAUGGAGCCCCAAAAGAUAUCUUAUUGUUUGUCUACAAGUGUACUUCUUCUGACCUACGUGCAGGUUUACCUGUGUGGCCAUCAUGUUGUUUUGAGUUUCUUAUUUUUUAUGUAUUCUUUUUUUGAAUGCCUCUUGAACAGUCUGCUGUUUGGAUGCAUUCUAUGUAUCUGUCUGUGUUACUACAAAACGUCGGACUCUGUUCUGAAACCAGGGAAGGUCAGAGACACUCUGUUCUGUUCUGAAACCAGGGGAGGUCAGAGACACUCUGUUCUGUUCUGAAACCAGGGAAGGUCAGAGACACUCUGUUCUGAAACCAGGGGAGGUCAGAGACACUCUGUUCUGUUCUGAAACCAGGGGAGGUCAGAGACACUCUGUUUUGUUCUGAAACCAGGGGAGGUCAGAGACACUCUGUUUUGUUCUGAAACCAGGGGAGGUCAGAGACACUCUGUUUUGUUCUGAAACCAGGGGAGGUCAGAGACACUCUGUUUUGUUCUGAAACCAGGGGAGGUCAGAGACACUCUGUUCUGUUCUGUUCUGAAACCAGGGGAGGUCAGAGACACUCUGUUUUGUUCUGAAACCAGGGGAGGUCAGAGACACUCUGUUCUGUUCUGAAACCAGGGGAGGUCAGAGACACUGUUCUGUUCUGUUCUGAAACCAGGGGAGGUCAGAGACACUGUUCUGUUCUGUUCUGAAACCAGGGGAGGUCAGAGACACUGUUCUGUUCUGGUCUGAAACCAGGGGAGGUCAGAGACACUGUUCUGUUCUGGUCUGAAACCAGGGGAGGUCAGAGACACUGUUCUGUUCUGGUCUGAAACCAGGGGAGGUCAGAGACACUGUUCUGUUCUGGUCUGAAACCAGGGGAGGUCAGAGACACUGUUCUGUUCUGGUCUGAAACCAGGGGAGGUCAGAGACACUGUUCUGUUCUGGUCUGAAACCAGGGGAGGUCAGAGACACUGUUCUGUUCUGGUCUGAAACCAGGGGAGGUCAGAGACACUGUUCUGUUCUGGUCUGAAACCAGGGGAGGUCAGAGACACUGUUCUGUUCUGGUCUGAAACCAGGGGAGGUCAGAGACACUGUUCUGUUCUGGUCUGAAACCAGGGGAGGUCAGAGACACUGGUCUGUUCUGUUCUGAAACCAGGGGAGGUCAGAGACACUGGUCUGUUCUGUUCUGAAACCAGGGGAGGUCGGAGACACUGGUCUGUUCUGUUCUGAAACCAGGGGAGGUCAGAGACACUCUGUUCUGUUCUGAAACCAGGGGAGGCCAGAGACACUCUGUUCUGUUCUGAAACCAGGAGAGGCCAGAGACACUCUGUUCUGAAACCAGAUGAGGUCAGAGGUCAUAACAUUACAACAUAUCACAUGCUUCUUGUUAAAUCUGUACCAUGAUGCUUUUGUCUCUACAUGACUAUUCACUGUUGGUGUUCCCCAAGGGUGAGUGCAGGGACUUCUCUCUCUGUCUCCUUGUCUCUCUGUUUCUCUCUGCCUCCUCUCUGUCUCUGUGUAUGUGUGUGUGUGCAUCAGGUCAGUCUUCAUCUAUAAUGCUGGUAACCCUCCUCCUCUAGAUAAGUGCAGAAUUAGUCAUUUUAAGUGUUUCCUUAUUAUGUCUGAUUAGCUUCAGGAACGGAAGAUCAUCUUUACAUUGAGUUGAACAGAAAGAAAACCGCCUCUUUUCAUACGGAAUGAUUUAUAUGCUGUGUCACACACUGGUGUGAAUGGUUCCUUGGUACAUGUAAAUAUCUAGACUAUAUCUCUUGUAUGAUUGGCUGGAAGCUUUGUCUUGCACAGUUGGUCAGCAUAAAAAAAAUUGUGAACAAAAACCGUGAAAUCUAUCAUAAUAUUAAGAGAGACUAGCGGAUAUUGCUGCUAUGAUACAUGACGAACAAAACGAGAAAGAAAAUAGCUGAAAUUUCAUCAUGCUGAAUUUGGUGUGUGUGUGUGUGUGUGUGCGCACGUGUGUGUGUGUGUGUGUGCGCACGUGUGUGUGUGUGCUGGAUCUCCGACAGUGUGGGACAUCUCUGGGACAUUUCAACCACAACACUCAACAACGGCAAAAGUUCAGCUGACUACUACUUCUCUAUCUAUGCCUCCGUCGCCAACACUGGGCCAACGUUCAUUCUGUAUCCUACCAACAUUUCUCUUAAAAAUCACCAGCAGCCUUUCUUUUGGUUUUCAAAAUCAAAUGUGACUUCUUCUUGCGGUGACUGUAAAAAACACAUUAUGCCCUGCAUACAUGCCCUGCAUUUCUCAGUGAAAUGCAGGGCAAUUUUCCCUUGAAACAAGGUUCACCCUACAGGUUAACAGAAAAAACAACCAUAUCUUUUGCACCUCUGGUUUCAUAAAAAAUGGGUUGACACAAUUAGUCGCAGCUUUCCAAACCUUUCUGUGCCUUCAUUCUGCUCAAGUUCCACCCAGACAUUGUAAUAGAAACACUAGUUAGGAGGUCCCAUGCAGCAGACAGUCAGGAGGUCCCAUGCAGCAGACAGCCAGGAGGUCCCAUGCAGCAGACAGCCAGGAGGUCCCAUGCAGCAGACAGCCAGGAGGUCCCAUGCAGCAGACAGCCAGGGUGUCCCAGGCAGCAGACAGCCAGGGGGUGCCAGGCAGCAGACAGCCAGGGGGUGCCAGGCAGCAGACAGCCAGGGGGUGCCAGGCAGCAGACAGCCAGGGGGUGCCAGGCAGCAGACGGUCAGGAGGUGAAGGGUUGAGGAGGGAGGGAGGGAGGGUUGUUGGCUGUAUGUGCCCUUUUGUGACCCAAACCAACGAUAUGAUCUGGUAAUUCUAUAACUAGCAGGCGAAUGGUGUUGAGGGCACUGCUGGAUAUGCAGUCUGCUCAGACAAACACAGUACUGUUGCACCGAGCGAGGAUCAACACUAAUUAACCAAGCUGAGUUUGCUAUUGUGUGAUCUAAUUGAGGCCAGGGAGACAUGCCAAUGUUGCCAGCCAAGCUUCUUCAAUUUUUUUUGUUUUUAGAGCACUGAAACUAAACUCCGAUGGCUCCACCUUCCCCGAGAGGCUGCAAACCAGAGCACAAUUUGUAUAAUCUCUUCAAAGGUCAUGCAUAUGCCCAGUUGGUAAAAUCGCAACUGGUUCCUAUGUUUGGGUCAUAGUUUUACCAAUCUUUCUAUCAACGCUAAUAUCCAGACACUGUGAAGAAUACCGGGUGUGGGCAGUAGUGUCAGAAAGAGCAGGCAUUAUCAUUCUAGAGAUACUUUACGACUGCCAAUUAAUAACCGGAGAAAGGAAAGCGAUAGUUGGUGUCACGAAAGGGCCCUGCUUGCUAAAUGAACAGCCGACCGUUCUACUCCUGUUCUGUAGUGCCUGCUGUAGUGAGACCAUUGUGCUUUAUCCUGUUUUAUACGGUGCCUGCAGUUGGUUGAGACUAUACUCUUCUCUUAUUGGUUCUUACAAGCUGCAUGUGAUUUGUGUUCCAAUGUCAGCAUCACUUUAUAAAUAAAAUAUAAAAAAGUUGAAGAAAAAUAAACCGUAGUUAACAGGAUAUAUAACAAGGUCAUAACCUAAGGAAAAUACCUCCUAAAGAGCAAUGUGUUUUUACCUCGGGUGUAUAUAGUCGAUUUGUUUACUCCAAAGUUUGCUAUUUUUGUUUCUAUGAAAUGCUAAAUUGAAUACACAUUUGUAAAUGUAACUUUUUUUUUUGUCAAUGGUAAUUGUGUUUUGUGGUGUUCCCAAGUAGUUUAUUCCUCUAGUUACCAUUAUGUGUAUUUGGGCUUUUUAUGGUCUGUCCCAAAUGUAAAUGCUUUACCAACGUCAAAACUAGUCUUCUUUCCAAGCCCCAUCUGAGCUGUGUUGAAAAUGUCUUGUAGGAGGCUACGAGGAGAGAUGUCGAAGACCCUCAAAACCAUUACAGAAUCGCCUGUGUCUCCCUUCUGAUGAUUUCUAAACCAUAUGUAUUAGAAUUUUUCAUACCGUGCUACAGGAGAAUGAACACUCAACAUAGGAAAGUAGCGGAUUGACGUUUCAGUUCCAACAUAGUUGGAGUGAAAAAUGGUGUGAAUAAAAUAAAAAAGUUUGUGUAAAAUCCA